AUGACAGAGGUGGACGAGGCAAUCCUGGAGAGACUGGAGGCGGCGACCACCGAGGACAGCGAGGCAAGAGCAGAGGAAGGAUGCGCGCCGCUCUUCCUCAGGAGCUGGGACUUUAAGACGGCCUUUGACCGUGUGCACCCUGAGCUAGUGCGACGGGUCUGGAGCGAGCUUGGGGUCCCCGAAAGAGUGACGGAGCCAAUUGUGCGAGUUUGGAAGGCACAGCAACGCUGCUUCGAGGUGGGCUCGCUCGUCGCCCCGCAACUCGUGGCCGCGCCGGGGUCGCUGCCGCAAGGAGAUCCGCUGAGCAUGCUGGCCAUGGCGACAGUGCUGAUGCCCGUUUUGUACAAGAUCGCGGAGCAGGUGCCCAGGGCUGCGCUGUGCACAUUCGCGGAUGACAGGACGGCCGCGGCGCGGUCACAGGAGGAGAUCGACAGCAUCGAGAGCAUCUGGAGGGAUCUGGAGCGCGUGACAGCACUCAGGACGAACGACGCCAAAACGCAGAACUUGGUGUUCGAUGCAACCACGCGCCUGCCGAAUGCAUCGGUCAAGGUGCUUGGGGUCCGCCUGGAUGCAGGAGUGGAGCGACGCUGUGCCACCACGCCUGAGGAUGAGGCGCGGGCAGAGGAGUGUAAGCGCAGGGCCGCGCGAGUUCGAGCACUUCCAUUGCAGGUGCACGAAAAGCGCAUCGUAGCAUGCGGCGCCAUACUCCCCAAAUAUCUCUGGAGUCGCGUGCGGCGUAUUCCACCGCAGAAGGAAAGGGAUAGCAUCCAGAAGUCCCUCACAGACAGCGUGUGCAAGAACCAGUAUCCCAACGGCAGCGUGUACCUGAAGAGGCUGCUCAUUGCUGGGCACAACCUGGAUGUGUCAUACUGGCAGGCGCGGCGAUUGUGGCAGUUCGUAGCCAAGAGGUCCCGCAGACAAGGGAUCGCAGCGCUGCGGGGGCAAGUAGUGCGCACCCACAGGCUCAAGGCAGCAGGGCGCAAUGUCCCUGGGACCAUCUCGGCGCUCCUGGACAUCCUGAAGGAGCUGGGUGCUAGUUUCGAGGACGGAGAGAGUGGCGCCAUGUGGGUGGCGCCAGGAGUGCGGCUAGAGCUGUCCUGUGGGCCCAAGGCAGCAGCGCACCACUUCCGGGAGCUGUGGCGCAGGAAAAUGUGGCAGAGCUACGUCGACACGUCGACGCGCAGGGAUGCAGCGGAGGCCCGGAGAGAGCGCGUGCCGUACGACUCCUACGCGAUGCGCGCUGCCGGGAACCUCCUGCGCAGCUCCACAGCUGAGGACAGAGCCUUGCGGCCGCACAUGCUGGCCGUGCUUACCGGCAGCGUCUGGAGCGACGCCCGGUAUGCAAAGAUCGCAAAGCGAGAAGAACCUGGUCCCUGCGACAGGUGCAGCACAGGCGCUGUGGCAGAUCAGGAGCACCAGAAUUGGGUGUGCCCGGCGUUCAGCCGAGAGCGAGGGGCGGCGAGGGCGCCGUGGACGCGCUUCAGCCGAGUCAUGGGCUGGCCGAGCCAACCACUCGAGGACAAGGCUGCGCGGCUCCGCUGGGAUGACCGCAUCAGGGCCAUGGCCAGGAUCCGACGGCGCGUGCUGGCCGAGCGGUACGAGGCCCCGCAGCGGACCAGAGAAGAGGAGGAGUCAGAUGUGGAGGCAGCAGAGGUGGAGGAGGCCGCAGAGGAGCAGCUGGAGGCGCCAAGGGAGGAGGAGGCCCAGCGCCAGCAGCGCGGGCCAGAGGCUGCAGCAGGCCCCCUCCCAGACAGCGGCGAGGCAGAGGAGAGAACGCGCAAACGACGCCGCAGCGGCGCCGAGAAGGGACGGAAGUUGAGGAGGAGGAGGAGGAGGGCGGGAGCAGACACAGAGGAGGAGGAGGCAGAGGAGGCGGAGGAAGCGGAGGAGGAGGAGGCGGACUCGUUGGUGGUGCCGGAGGGGAUCCUCGCCGCCGGCCCCGCGGAGAAGGCACCUGAUUGA